AUGCGUCUUCUCCUUCUCGUCGGGGUUCUACUUGCCGCCACGUGGCAAGUAGGUUACACCCGUGCGCCGACGUUUCCAGACAAAUCGAAAUCAGCGGCUGAUGCGAUAAAUGAGCCGAAGGGAGAACAUGUGUGUACUGUCAAGACGAUCGUCGACGACUACGAACUACGAAAAGUGAUACAUCAGGUGGUCUACAACGAUACCGAGCAGUGUCUGAACCCGUUGACCGGUUUUCAGUGCGUUGUGGAGAAACGCGGUCAAAAAGCCUCUUAUCAACGUCAGCUGGUGCAAAAAGAGAAAUAUAUCAAACAGUGUUGCGAAGGGUAUUAUCAAACCAAAGAUAAUCAAUGCCAGCCGGACUGCAAUCCACCGUGUAAAAAGGGAAAAUGCGUCGAACCCGGGAAGUGCGAAUGCGAUCCCGGAUUUGGUGGAAAAAUCUGCUCUAGUUCCUGCUCCAUCGGAACGUGGGGUCUUGGAUGCUCCAAAAAAUGCGACUGUGAGAAUGGAGCAAAUUGUGACCCAGAACUCGGCGACUGUAUUUGUCCCUCAGGAUUUCAAGGGAAACGCUGCGAAGAAGAGUGUCCAAUCGAUAAAUGGGGACCGAAUUGUGUCAAAUCGUGUCCCUGCCAGAAUGGUGGAAAAUGUAACCAUGAGGGAAAGUGUGUUUGUACCGAUGGAUGGGGCGGAGAGUACUGUUUGAAUAAGUGUGAAGAGGGCAAAUUCGGUGCCGACUGCAAAUUCGAGUGCACUUGUCAAAACGGUGCUACGUGUGACAAUACGAAUGGAAAAUGCCUGUGCAAAUCGGGUUUCCAUGGUGCUCUCUGCGAAAAACCGUGCUCCGAGGGCUUCUUUGGAGCCGGAUGCACCCAGAAGUGUCAAUGUUUGAAUAAUCAGGAUUGUGAUAGUGAGACUGGAGAGUGUAAAUGCAUUGGAUGGACCGGCAAACAGUGUGAUAUCGGAUGUGCAAGGGGACGAUUCGGAUUGCAGUGCAAACAGAAGUGCACGUGUCCAGGGUUGGAGUUUCAGGACUCCAACGCCUCUUGCGACGCGAAAACGGGCGAAUGCCAAUGCGAGUCCGGCUACAAAGGUGCCAACUGUGACGAACGCAAAUGCUCCGCAGACACCUACGGCGCGGACUGCUCCAAACAGUGUUCGUGUGUGAUGAGCAAUACCGUAAUGUGUGCCCCGAACACUGGCUUCUGUCGCUGCAAACCGGGCUUCUACGGAGACAACUGUGAGCUGGCGUGCUCCAAGGACUCAUAUGGACCGAACUGUGAGAAGCAGGCGAUGUGCGACUGGACUCACGCAUCGGAAGCGGACCCGGCCAACGGAAAAUGUGUGUGUAAAUCGGGAAGGAGCGGUGCGAACUGCUCGCAACCGUGCCCCAUCGAUUUCUACGGUCCGAAUUGUGCGCUACAGUGUGAAUGUAAUGGAAGAGGGAUUGGUUGUCAUGGUUUCGAUGGGAAAUGCAACUGCGCUCCAGGCUACACAGGUCAUCGAUGCGAACAUCACUGCCCGGCGCUUACCUUCGGAGCGAAUUGCGAAAAACGAUGUCAGUGUCCGGCUGGGGUGGGGUGCAAUCCAAUCACUGGAGAAUGCGAGUGCCCAGCAGGCCGGCAGGGCUUAAAAUGUGAUAUCUCUUGUCCAGAAGGCUCCUAUGGCCCCGAAUGUAAGCUCCAUUGCAAAUGUGUCAAUGGGAAAUGUGACCCGGAAACUGGAGAAUGUUCCUGUGAGCCUGGCUUUGGGGGAGCCGAUUGCUCGACGAGCUGUCCCAAGGGCAAGUAUGGGGAUGCUUGUGAGCUCAGCUGUGAUUGCUCAGACUCCUACUGCUCCCGGCAAACAGGAAAAUGCAUUUGCCCCCUUGGAAAGAAAGGAACUCUCUGCGAUCAGCCCUGUGAAGCGAACACCUAUGGUCCCCAAUGCCAGCUCACAACCACCCCAUCCCAAUGUGCUUCCACAGAUCCUCGCAACGGAGUCUGCUUGACCUGUCCACCAGGAUCCUCUGGCCACCAAUGUGAACAGAACUGUCCCCAAGGAACCUAUGGGACAGAUUGCGCCUCAAAAUGCGCUUGCGCUGAUGGAGGCCAUGGUUGCGACCCGACGACAGGAGAAUGCAUCUGUGAGCCUGGCUACCACGGAGCCACUUGCUCCGAGAAGUGUCCAGACGGGAAGUUUGGGUAUGCAUGUGCCCAAAACUGCCCGAAAUGUGCCGCCGGUUCGAGUUGUGACCAUAUCAGCGGGCAGUGUGUGUGCCCUGCUGGCCUAGAAGGCGCCACGUGUACUCGGCCGUGUGGUGUCGGAUUCUGGGGAAACGGAUGUCGACAGGUGUGCAGAUGUACGUCGGAAUUCAAACAGUGCAAUGCGCAAACCGGGGAGUGUAGUUGUCCGGCAGGAUUCCAAGGCGAUCGUUGCGACAAGCCGUGUGAGGACGGCUACUACGGUCCCGAUUGCAUCAAGAAGUGCAAGUGUCAGGGAACGGCGACGGCGUCGUGCAAUCGGGUCACCGGCGUGUGUAUCUGUCAUCCUGGAUUCACCGGAGAGUUUUGUCAUGCUUUAUGCCCCGAAUCAACGUUCGGGCUCCGAUGCUCCAAAGAGUGUCCGAAAGACGGCUGCGGCGAUGGAUAUGAGUGCGAUGCGGCCAUCGGAUGUUGCCACGUGGACCAGAUGAGCUGUGGAAAGGCGAAACAAGAGUUUGAGGCGCUAAAUGGGGGCAGAGCCAAAUCCUCAGGCGCCACGUGGCUCCUAAUUUUGUUCAUUAUCGGAUUAUGUGGAGUUUUGGGGCUGGCAGCACUAUUCUAUCGAAAUAAAUAUCAAAAGGAGAAGGAUCCAGACAUGCCGACUGUGUCAUUCCACAAAUCGCCGAAUGCUGAGGACAACCGCGAAUUCCAGAAUCCGCUCUACAAUCGUCAAUCGGUGUUUCCGGAUUCUGGAGCAUUCUCUGGAAGUUCAGAAGGAGGCGUCGGAGCCGCGCCAGAUGGUCUGUUGACACUGGAGGAAGAGGAUCUGGAGGAUAAGAAGAUUCAUGGGGGCGGAGCCAGCAGAAAUAUGAGAAAUCACGACUACGCUUCACUGGACGAAGUCGCCGGCGGCGAAGGUGGACCAGCCACGUCGUCUUCAUCUGGAGUCCAAAACAGAAGAGGUCAGAAUUCUGGUGACGUCAGAAGGCCACUUCUGAAUUCAGAAGACGUUGACGAUGACGAUGAAGAUGAAGAUUUCGAGGAAAUUCCACACGAGAAUCGGAAUUCUACACAAAAAUUAUCAUUGGAGCGAAAUUCAAAAUUUUCAGAAAAAAAUUUCAAAAAAAAAUUUCUUUCAGAAAACCCAUACGCCCACAUUCCAUCACCGGACCCGAAUAUUCAGAAUUCGACGAAUUCCAGAAGAGCUCAAGAGAAUUUGUAUACUUGA